CGGAGGCCUGGUGUGGCUGAGGGCGGCCCUGCAGGCGCGGAGGCCAAUGGAUGACUGCGAGAGGCUCGGGGGCGGGGAAGACGGCGCCGCACGCCCAACCCGAAGCUGGGGAGGUGGUUAGGGAGUGAAUUUUCUGGAAGGCGGCUUUAAAGGCGCUGGGCCAGCGCGAAGGGCGUUUGGGGGCUGCUGCCGCCGCCCGGUCUGGGAGGGGGGGCCGUCUCGGUGGCAGGAAGCGAGCUGCGCCCGAGGUCGCCGCGGAGCCAGCUGGUGACCCCGCAGAAUGAACCACAAGAGCAAGAAGCGAAUCCGCGAGGCCAAGCGCAGUGCGCGGCCGGAACUGAAGGACUCGCUGGACUGGACCCGGCACAACUAUUACGAGAGCUUCUCGCUGAAUCCCGCGGCCGUGGCGGAUAACGUGGAAAGAGCAGACGCUUUACAGCUGUCAGUAGAAGAAUUUGUAGAGCGAUACGAAAGACCUUACAAGCCCGUGGUUCUGCUGAACGCCCAAGAGGGCUGGUCUGCCCAGGAGAAGUGGACUCUGGAACGCCUCAAAAGGAAAUACCGAAACCAGAAGUUCAAGUGUGGCGAAGACAACGAUGGCUAUUCCGUGAAGAUGAAGAUGAAGUACUACAUCGAGUAUAUGGAGAGCACUAGAGACGACAGUCCCCUUUACAUCUUCGACAGCAGCUAUGGUGAACACCCCAAAAGAAGGAAACUCUUGGAAGACUACAAGGUGCCCAAGUUUUUCACUGAUGACCUGUUCCAGUAUGCAGGGGAGAAGCGCAGGCCCCCUUACAGGUGGUUUGUGAUGGGACCACCACGGUCCGGAACAGGAAUCCACAUCGACCCUCUGGGCACCAGUGCCUGGAAUGCCUUAGUUCAGGGACACAAGCGCUGGUGCCUGUUCCCUACCAGCACGCCCAGGGAACUCAUCAAGGUGACCCGUGAAGAAGGAGGGAACCAGCAAGACGAAGCUAUUACCUGGUUUAAUAUCAUUCAUCCCCGGACACAGCUCCCAACCUGGCCACCCGAAUUCAAACCCCUGGAAAUCUUACAAAAACCAGGAGAGACUGUCUUCGUACCAGGAGGCUGGUGGCAUGUCGUCCUCAAUCUUGACACCACCAUUGCCAUCACCCAGAAUUUUGCCAGCAGCACCAACUUCCCUGUGGUGUGGCACAAGACGGUAAGAGGGAGACCAAAGUUAUCGAGGAAAUGGUAUAGGAUCUUGAAGCAAGAGCACCCCGAGUUGGCGGUCCUGGCUGACUCCGUCGACCUGCAGGAAUCCACGGGGAUCGCCUCCGACAGCUCCAGCGACUCCUCCAGCUCGUCCAGCUCCAGCUCGUCUGACUCAGACUCUGAGUGUGAGUCUGGGUCCGAGGGCGACGGGACGGUACACCGCAGGAAGAAGAGGAGGACGUGUGGCAUGAUGGGGAACGGCGACACCACCUCCCAGGACGACUGUGUGAGCAAAGAGCGCAGCUCCUCCAGGAUUAGGGACACUUGUGGAAGCCGGGUUCACCCCUGAGCAAAUAAAGAGACUCCCUGAGGUGGCUCCAGUGUGCACUGUUGGCGGCCCCCCAACUUGGUUUUCACCUCUUCUGUUCCUGCCUUCUCCUUUGUCUUCUUUGAAUUUGGAUAAUCCUUCUCUGGUCCCAGCUCCUAUCUUCCCGUCAAGUGCUGUUUUUACCGCUUGCUAAGACUAGAUUACCAAGAAAUACAACACCACGCCAGGCCCAGUGAGACACUGCCGGCUGACCUGAUGGUGGAUACGAAGGUUCUGUUCUGUCUCCUGUAAACCCAGCUGGUCGUCAGUGAGGCUGGAAGGCGGUGGUCCUUGCAACAUCUCAUCGUCUCUGUUAACCGAAGUGACAUUCGUAAGGAGCGUCAGCUGUCCCCAGAGCUAGUGCACACAAGCAGAGACAUUGUAGGUGGUGAGCCGACUGACUCGUGUGAACCAAUCACGUGUAAGAAGUGCGGGGAGUGUGAGCGGCUCCCUAUGUCAUCGUUCAUCCAGAGACGCAUUUGAUGGCAGUCACCCCGCCAGCUCCUCCAGCCGCUGCCCAGUACUGCUCCUGAUCUUUUAUCUGUUCUCCAUGAUCAGAGAGGCUGCUCAAUUUCAGGGGAAUUUUUAUGUGGUGUGGUUUUAUUAGGCGGGUAAUAACAACACAUUGGGGGUCUUGUUUAAGUACAGUUAUGGGGGAAAGGUGUUCACUGUGUUCUUAUCACUGAACUUACAUUAUAAACGGGCGCAGUCUAACGCUUGUGUUCCACCCUUCACCAGCACACGAUCCGUAAGUGGGAAGCUCUCAGUUUGUCAGAGCGCUUUAUGUUUGGCUUAGCAUGAAGUAGGGGCUUGUGCUGCGUGCAGGGAAUAACUCAGAGGUGGUUCUUGCAGUCUUUGGGGGUCUGUUUAUACUCAUAAUUAACUCUGGUGUGAAUAUUUAGGGGUUGACCAGCAGGUUCCAUCUCUUGCCCUCUUGAUUCACCUGCUUGCCUUAAUCUACCCCUAAAUUCAACUAAACUUAACUGAAAACAAGAGGGGGCUUGUCAAGGACAUGCAGGCAGAAAGCCGCAUUCUGGGUUGGAAUGCAGGGGCUGCCCAGCUAGAGAAGGAGCCCUCGCUGUAGUGUUCCGGAGAAGUGGAGAGUUUGUGUGGACGUAUUAGGAUUGCGUGGUGUUGCUUCUCAAAAUACCCCUGAAGGUGGGUGUGACCAAGAGAAUCCAGGUCCCCUUUCCGAUGUUAGAUUUAUUCUCAUUCCUGACACAGGAGCACGCAGCUUGGCUCCAGGCUGUGGGUCCCUGUUUUGUCUUAGUUCAGUUUUCUUCCUCCUGAAAUGCCCACCCAGGUGUGUGGCUGGGUUGGUAGGACAACUUCUGCCACUUUCCUCAAAGUCAGCACCCAUCCCUCUACCAGCAGUUGGCACUGCUCCCCCUCCGGGCGGCAGCUCCAGCUGUUGCCUGUUCCUGGGGAGGGGGCGUCCGGUAUGUGUUUGGGUGUGAGGAGAGUCAAACCCUGAAUGUGUCAUCUCUUUGUACUUGAUAUCUGAUUUGUGUUCCUCCUCCUGUUUUUUGAAAGAAGUUUUCUUAUCUUCAAAAAGCUUUUUUUGAAAAAAGCGUCAGCAAAAAAGAGGAAGACCCUUAAUGAAAUGGACUGACACAGUGGCUGCAACAGUGGGCCCAGACACGGCAAGGGUUGUGACGCUGGCGCCGGACCGGGCAGUGUGUCGUUCUGUAGUACACAGGGUCGCUGAGUCAGAACUGACUCGACAGCACCUAACAACAACAAACCAUGCUGGAGAAUUCAUUUCCCCUUUUUCCAGUUUUACGCCAGUUUUUCAAUUUCAUACCAGUCACUCCCCUCUCAACUUGCCUUUAAACAGACGAACGAGAAAAGGCUAUUUGCCACCAGGGGGAGUGGUAGGGCAUGUUUGCCUGCAGCUGGGACGCUGGCAAGGAAUUUGAAUUUGAAGAUUAGCAACCCGUUUCCUUCUCCAGAUGCCUAUUUGAUAAGCAACAUCCAGAAUCAAGGGAUCUAGCCCAUCUGGCAGGUCCGCAGUCACCUCUCCGAAAGCGCCUGGGUAGCACAGGUUAUGUGCUACUGUUUGGCAGCUGCCCCCCAUAGAGAACCAUGGGGCGUAUUUCACUUGUUCUAGCCCAGGCCACGGGUUCAGCCCCUGCCCCAUUUCCUGGCGCCAUGGGCCAGCUGAGCACUCAGAGAAGCAAAGCGGGAAGAGGUGGAAACCAAGUGUGACGGGUGGGGAGGUGGCCGGGGACCUGGAUAGGGUAGUGAACAGGAACCCGGGAUCCGUCUGUUCUCACGCCACGUGAGAGUGUAGUGUCUGCGACAGUGAGGGGAAGGAUAAAACACAGAUUUUUCUGUGGAAGUGACCCCUAAGACGGCAGCUAAUCCGAAAACCAGAGUACUGGGUCUGGAGGAAAGGGUCUUGGCGUGGUAACCGCUGCUCGGGAGGAGCAGGGCGGGGGGACCUGAGUGGGGGCCUGGGUCUCGGAGAGUGGGGGAGGCACCCAAGGCUUUGCCGUCAGCCUGGAGUACUCGUUCUGCCCCAGAUGCCUCGGGGUGGUUUAGUCGUUCUGUGAUGUUUAAGGUGACAUUUCUGAGGGGAGAGCCUCUGAAAACGGACAUCAUUAGUCACAUCUCACCCUACGCUUGGAGCUGCUAGCUUGUAACUGCUUCCUGCAUUCGGCAAUGUUCAGGUGCUGGCCACUGUUCCGGGUGCUGGAGAGGCAGCGGUGAAAAGCCCAGGCCCCAGGCCCCAGGCCCCCGGAGCCUGCAUUCUAACGGACAGCAAAGGUGCUAUGUUCACACGCCUGCUGACUUGUGCACACCCGUUUCCACACCUGGAAGGCAAGUUGUUAGGGAGCGCAGGUUUAUGAGAGCUUGCGAAAGAACACAGCUGACACCGUAGCUGUGUGCGGACAGUAGGCAGGCCUUCUCUGUAAACUAGCUAAUGGAACUAAAAUUAAGGAUCAGCCCAAAAGUUGCCCGGGGUGGAGUGCUUUAGAAACGUUAGAUGUUCACCCUUGAUAUGAUUUAGGUUUUGGAAAAGAGCAUGGGCUAGAACAGGAGUUCUGCAGUCAGUUUUGUGAAAAGUGCUGUCUAGGAGGUAGGCAUAUAAGGAUGCACCUGUAGGUUCUUUGUCUGUUUGUAGCAUUUCUGUUCCUAAGUCAUUUUUGAUGUGUGUGCUGAGUA